GAAUAAAAAAAAAAUCUAAAAAAAUCCAUGCUUAUAUACUUAACCAUUAUUGAAUAACAAAAACUCAAUAGAGUUUCAUAGUUUUCUCCACAAAAAAAAAAUCAGUGAUGGAAGCAGCAACAUCAACUUGCUUCUUCUGUGGUAGAAUCCCAUCAAAAUCCAAACUAGCUUCAUCUUCAUCAUUUGGAUCAUUUUGUUUAUUAACACGCAACAAUGUUACUACAAUCAUGUGCAAAACAUCAUUAAAAACACACAACCGUGUAGUUCAAAACAUCACAAACAGCAAUGAAACAAAGGUUCCAAGCACCACAAAAAGAAGAAGAAGGAGAAGAAAAAAUGAUGCAGCAAUAGAAAUUCAACUACCCUUUGAGAAUAUGAACAAGAAUCUUCACGUGCAUGAGAAUAUAGGUGACCCUAUUGGUUGGAAAGAUGUUGGAAAAAGUGUAGUAAGUUGGAUACGUGAGAGUAUGAAAUCUAUGGCAUUUGAGAUUGCUUCUGCUGAGUUACUUGAAGAUUUGGAGUUUUCUGAAAUGAAACAAAGAAUGGGACCUGGUCUUACGUUUGUUAUUCAAGCACAACCUUAUUUGAAUGCUGUUCCUAUGCCACUUGGUCUUGAAGUUACUUGUUUGAAAGCUUGUACUCAUUAUCCUACUCUUUUUGAUCAUUUUCAAAGAGAGUUGCGUGAUGUUCUUCAAGAUAUGCAGAGUAAAGGUUUGGUUGAAGAUUGGCGUCAAACUCAGUCUUGGAAGUUGCUUAAGGAGCUUGCUAAUUCAGCUCAGCACAGGGCAGUUGCAAGGAAUGCAACACAGCCAAAGAGUGUCCAAGGAGUUUUAGGAAUGGAUAGAGAAAGAGUCAAAGUGAUACAGCAAAGGAUUGAUGAAUUCACUCAAAACAUGUCAGAACUUCUCAAUAUUGAAAGGGAUGUUGAAUUGGAGUUUACUCAGGAGGAAUUAGAUGCUGUUCCUAAACAAGAUGAUGCUUCCGAUCCGUCGAAACCGAUUGAGUUCUUGGUUAGCCAUAGCCAGCCUCAGCAAGAACUAUGUGACACCAUCUGUAAUUUAAAUGCCAUCAGUACAUCUACAGGAUUGGGAGGAAUGCACCUGGUGUUAUUCAAGAUUGAAGGAAACCACCGAUUGCCACCUACUACUCUUUCACCCGGAGAAAUGGUUUGUGUGAGAACAUGUGACAGCAAGGGUGCAGUUACAACUUCUUGCAUGCAAGGAGUUGUGGAAAAUCUUGGUGACGAUGGCUAUAGUAUUACCGUUGCUUUAGAGUCACGCCAUGGUGAUCCUACGUUCUCUAAACUGUUUGGAAAGAAUGUGCGCAUUGAUCGUAUUCAAGGAUUGGCUGAUACACUUACCUAUGAGCGCAACUGUGAAGCCCUAAUGCUGCUUCAGAAGAAUGGUUUGCAAAAGAAAAAUCCAUCAAUUUCUGUUGUUGCAACUCUAUUUGGCGAAGCAGAAGAUGCUGCAUGGCUUGAGAAGAAUAGUUUGGUAAACUGGGAAGAAGAAAAAACAAAUGGAGCAUUAGGAAGUGAAUCCUUUGAUAAAUCUCAGCAGAGAGCAAUUGCGUUAGGUUUGAAUAAGAAGAGGCCACUAUUGGUUAUCCAAGGACCUCCCGGUACAGGCAAGACCGGUUUACUCAAGCAAAUAAUAACAUGCGCCGUGGAACAAGGUGAAAGGGUUCUUGUCACAGCACCUACCAAUGCAGCUGUUGAUAAUAUGGUUGAAAAGCUUUCAAAUGUUGGAAUAAAUAUUGUUCGAGUUGGAAAUCCCGCUCGUAUAUCAAAAACAGGAGCAUCAAAGUCCUUAGGAGAAAUUGUAAAUGCAAAGCUUGCAAGUUUUCGCGAAGAGUGUGAGAGGAAGAAAUCUGAUCUAAGGAAAGAUCUAAGACAAUGUUUGAGGGAUGAUUCAUUAGCUGCAGGCAUACGCCAACUUCUGAAACAGUUGGGAAAGUCGCUAAAGAAAAAGGAAAAGCAGACUAUAAAUGAAGUUCUAUCUGGUGCUCAGGUUGUGCUUGCCACCAAUACCGGAGCAGCCGAUCCCAUGAUUCGAAAGCUAAAUGCUUUUGACUUGGUUGUCAUAGAUGAAGCUGGACAGGCGAUUGAACCGUCUUGCUGGAUUCCUAUAUUGCAGGCGAAACGCUGCAUUCUUGCUGGUGAUCAAUGCCAACUAGCUCCUGUGAUAUUUUCUAGAAAGGCAUUAGAAGGUGGUUUAGGAAUAUCGCUACUCGAGAGAGCUGCAACUCUGCAUGAAGGGAUUCUCACCACUAGGUUAACGACACAAUACCGUAUGAAUGAUGCCAUUGCAAGUUGGGCUUCGAAGGAGAUGUAUGGAGGAUUGUUGAAGUCCUCUAAGACUGUCUUUUCUCAUCUUCUUGUAGACUCUCCUUUUGUUAAGCCUACAUGGAUAACACAGUGCCCUCUACUACUGCUUGACACUCGAAUGCCAUACGGAAGUCUUUCAAUUGGCUGUGAAGAGCAUCUCGACCAGGCUGGAACAGGCUCGUUGUACAAUGAAGGAGAAGCUGAUAUAGUUUUGCAGCAUGUAUUUUCCUUAAUUUAUGCUGGUGUUAGCCCAAAUGCUAUUGUAGUUCAGUCCCCUUAUGUUGCUCAAGUUCAACUUUUGAGGGACAUGCUUGACGGGGUUCCUGAAGCUGCCGGUACUGAAGUUUCCACAAUUGAUAGUUUUCAAGGUCGGGAAGCUGAUGCUGUAAUUUUAUCAAUGGUACGAUCAAACACAUUGGGAGCUGUUGGAUUCCUUGGUGAUAGCAGAAGAAUCAAUGUUGCCAUCACAAGAGCGCGCAAGCAUUUAGCUAUAGUCUGUGACAGCUCAACUAUAUGCCAUAACACAUUCCUAGCAAGACUUAUGCGCCAUAUUCGACACUUUGGUAGGGUGAAGCAUGUAGAACCAGAUAGUUUUGGAGGAGGGUUUGGACUUGGCAUGAAUCCAAUGUUACCUUCUAUGGAUUAGUGUUGCAAGUGUAACAGUGGCAUGAAACAAAUUUAGAAAUGGCUGUAAACAAUUGUUUGAGGGGAUUUUUUUUUUUUUUUGGGGGGUAUUCAUAAACUGGUUUUUAUACUUGGUCCAUACUUGUAUAGCAAUUAUAAAGUCCAAAUUUGUGUAUCAAGAAAUACUCAUGCAUGAAAAUUAUGGAAGAAAACUUCCACAAUAAUUGUAACAUGAGACAGUGUAUAUUUUUCAUCAUUCUAUAUGAAUUGAACUGUAGAUGUAACUGUUAUGCAUGAUCUUAUGGGGUAAAAAUUGUUUAAUGGAGCUGAA